ACCAAAUAACAGCUCGUUUCUCUCUCCUCUUAAUGACCAUCAUUGUCUCUUUAUUUAAAUUUACCAAAAAAGAUUCAAAAUCUGCAUAGUCAAAACUCAUAACCCCCAUUGGCAAAAGCACUCGCUCACUUUUUGAUCUGAAUCACUACAAAACUGAAAGAUUUUCUCUGCAGAACCCACAGCAGGGAGACUGAGCCACAAAUCAUAUAAGAAAGAUCUUCUCUUACCCAGCAGAGAAAGAGAAGUCUCAGCUUUUCUAUUUGGCUUAUUCUUUGGGACAAAAAGAAACUUCAAAAAGCAUCCCUCUUCAGUGGCUUUCUUCCUGAAUGCCUCAUCCUUUAGAAAAAAUAAAAAUAAUAAGUGGUACUUUUAGUUUUCGCUUUGAAAUUAGAACUAGAGAGAGAGAAGGUAAAAGUACUCAAAUGGGUUUUGAAAGUUAGAGAUUCACGGGAUGGUCAGGGGGCACUGGCCUAAUGGGUAUGUUUAGUACUGUACACGUUGCUCCAGAAAGUUAGAGAGAGAGAGUGGAUUUGUGUAUUGAAACAUUUUCUAGUCAAGGAAAGUGAGAAAAUUUUUAGUGGGGGUUACAUUUCCUUUGUAGGUUUGCAAAAAAUUCGGCGCCUUUUGAUUUUGAACAGCCGAAGUUUAGUUGGCUACAAGAGAUCUAACGAGAUGGGUAAAGCUACAAGGUGGAUAAAAGGUUUGUUAGGGAUGAAGAAAGAUAAAGAGAAGGAAAAAGAGAAUGGUUAUGGUGGCGGUGAUAGUUCAAGUUCAGUUUCAAAUGACAAGAAAGAGAAAAGAAGAUGGAGCUUUGGCAAACCAGGAAGGGACAGUUAUGUGAUUCCACAGAUUCCGGAGAUGAAGGAUGCUGCUUGGCUCAGAUCCUACCUUGGUGAGAGCGAAAGAGAGCAGAAUAAGCAUGCAAUAGCGGUGGCAGCUGCCACUGCUGCAGCUGCCGAUGCGGCGGUGGCUGCAGCCCAGGCUGCGGUGGCAGUAGUGAGAUUGACUAGCCAUGGCAGAGGAACUCUGUUUGGUGGAGGAAGAGAGAAAUGGGCUGCAAUCAAAGUUCAAACUGUCUUUAGAGGUUAUCUGGCUCGAAAAGCUCUUCGAGCUUUAAAAGGAUUAGUUAAGAUACAGGCACUUGUUAGGGGCUAUUUGGUCCGAAAGCGAGCAGCUGCAACUCUUCACAGUAUGCAAGCUCUAAUAAGAGCCCAAACUGCUGUUCGAACCCAGCGAGCUUGUCGUUCUGCAAACAAAGAGAAUAGAUUUCAACAUGAAAACCGGCCACGAAAAUCCAUUGAAAGAUUUGAUGAUACAAGAAGUGAAUACCAUAGCAAGAGACUAUCUGCAUCCUAUGAAAUGAAUGCAUUUGAUAGAAGUCCUAAAAUAGUUGAAAUUGACACAUACAAGCCAAGAUCAAGAUCUCGAAGAAUGACUGCUGCAUUAUCAGAAUGUGAUGAAGAAUUCCCUUAUCAUGCAAUGUCAUCGCCUCUUCCGUGUCCAAUUCCAGCUCGAAUCUCCAUACCGGAUUGCAAAUAUCAUCAAGAUUUCGAUUGGUACCUCACUGGUGAGGAAUGCAGGUUCUCAACUGCGCAAAGUACGCCAAGGUUUUCAAACUCUGUCCGGUCUAAUGCCCCGGCUACACCAGCCAAAAGUGUUUGUGGAGACAGCUAUUUUAGGCCUUAUUCGAACUUCCCUAAUUAUAUGGCGAACACACAAUCCUUUAAGGCAAAAUUAAGGUCUUACAGUGCUCCGAAGCAACGGCCAGAGCUAGGGCCAAAGAAAAAGCUUUCCCUUAAUGAAAUAAUGGCCGCAAGGAAUAGCAUAAGCAGUGUUAGAAUGCAGCGGUCAUGUUCUUAUGUUGAUGAAAGUUUAGGUCUUUGACAGAUUAUAUUAGUGAAGAGAGCCUAACCUGCAGAAAGUGAUUUGAAUGUAGAAGCUGAAAGCAAUAUAAGUUUGGAAAAAUGCAUCUUUUUAUGAAGUUCCUAUAGUUUUAUUAAGCUCACUCA